UAAAUGUCUUCUAAGUAUACAUUUUCCUAGUAGUGGUUAUUAAUUCUGGUGGCUUGCAUUUGGUUUUCUAUCCUACCACCUAAUAGGCUUUUUCACGAAAGACAUUUUGGCAUGUCACAUUAGAUAAAGAAAAGGUGUAAAUAUUAAAAUCAAUGAUGGCUUAAUUCCAUUUAGCUGCAACAGUUUCAGGGUCCUGGUUUUGUGCACUUUCACACCGUCAUGGCUAACUGGGACACUUGAAUAGAACUGAGCCAUUGUUAAUGUCAUUGGUAACACCUUUGCUUUUCCUACUAUGACUGCUGGGAUAUUCACCUGGUGUCUUUACUGUAAAUCAGUCAAACACAAAAUAUUUAUCAUUGUUUCUAGUAGUAGUAGUUUUUGUUUUGAGGCUUUCUUCUAAAGUAUAAGAUAGCUAACUAGCUUAAAACAAUACAAUUUUCCUUGAGCUAUAGGGUUAAUACUGUACCUAUUGCCCUUAAAUCCUGCACAGAGUCCUCUUCACUUCACUUCUCAUGUUCUUUUUCAGUCGACAACUUGGAUUUCCCCCCAUAACUUAACAACAUUAUAAACAAACAAACAAACUGGCUUGGAAACCCGUUCUCUGAGUGCUGAGAGGUUGCCGUGGUGACGGCUGAGCGGUUGUCUUGUCACGUUGUUAACAUCUUCCUGGCCACGCGAGGGCGCUGUCUCGAGCGCGGCUCCAUCCUGUCCAGCAGCGCCUCCGUUGCCUACGUCACCACAUUCCACCGAAUGCGAUGGAACAGCGUGGAGAAGCGUAAAGGUGGUCUCGAAAAACGCUGCCAGAAACUUAUGCAAGAUGAGGGAAGCGGCUUUCCUGCUCACACCGUAUGUGGUUCUGUGUCUCCUCCUGAGCUUCAGCCAGGCCGCCAGACAAGGACAGGACAUGAGAUGUGGAGCUUGCAGGGCUCUUGUAGAUGAGAUGGAGUGGGCCAUCUCUCAAAUAGAUCCCAAAAAAAUGAUCCAGACAGGAUCCUUCAGGAUCAACCCGGACGGCAGCCAGUCCAUCAGAGAGGUUCCUCUGGCUCGCUCAGAAGGAAACCUCCUCGAGCUGAUGGAGAGUGUGUGUGACAGGAUGGAGGACUACGGCGAGCACACAGAUUCUUCCACAAACAGGAAGUCCUACAUUAGGAUAAAAUCUCGGAGCGGUGAGGCCAUGGACCUCUCUGAGGCCAUGCUGGAUUCAAGAGUUACAGCCAGUUUAAAAUUUGCAUGUGAAACAAUUGUUGAGCAGCAUGAAGAUGAAGUCAUUGAAUUCUUCGCUCAUGAGACAGAUAAUGUCAAAGACAAACUCUGCAGCAAGAGGACAGACCUCUGUGACCAUGCUCUGAAAAUGCCCCAUGACGAACUUUGAUGCCAUCGCUGCUGUCUCUUUUCAGCUGAAAUGGAGACGUUGGGUGCUGUAAUGUUUUCAGUUGUCACUUGUCACCGGUUUACGCCAUGGCAGUGGUGGAAGAUGUAUACAAAUUAUUAUGUAAAAUAACAGCAAAUCCAUCUGGAAAUAAAAGUGUUAUUCCUGUGAUCUGUGAGGAUUUAAGGA